CCAUGUUGAGUUUCUUACGCUUACUUAUGAUCUCUGUGACGAUCAAGCAGACCAUAUACAAUACGAGCACCUUAUAUGUCAUUAUGGCUUCCCUUCCAAGUAAGUUCUUAUUAAUUUGUUUUCCUUCUGCUGUGUUUGUGCGUGGAGCGUGGUGUUUAUGUAUGCUUGAAGUUGGAAUCUUGAGAACUUGGAGUAGGAGGAUUCAUUUCUAACUAGAGCGAUGGAGAGAGACAAGAAUCGGUUAAGGAACUGGUGCUUCAAAGGUGAACCGUUGGAUGGGUUCGAUUCCUAGAACUGUGCCGUUGCUUGCUGACUGUUUAACGGUCAUAUUAUCCAAAAAUAAUCUCUUGAGCCUUAAUCAAUUACAGCAAAUCCACUCUCAACUGCUUACCAAUGGUAAUCUCAGUUCCACUGCGCUACUCACCAGCUUCCUCGCUUCUUGUUAUCGUGUUCAGAAACGUCACAACCCGUUGCUUAUCUUGCAAACUUUGCCGAAUCCUGAUCCGUUGUUAUGGAAUUAUAUGGUUCGGGUUUCGUUAGAAUCCAACAACUUGCAAGAUUUUCUGUGUUUCUACAACGGGUUGCGAGGAAACAAUUUGGUUCCCAGUGUAAGCACGAUUUCUUUGAUCUUGCGUUCGUGUGCCAGUCUUUGUGCUACCCAGCUGGGGAAGUCAUUUCAUUCUCAGAUAAUGAAAAUGGGUUCAGUCCCUGAUGUGAUUUUGCUUACUGCGCUGCUUGAUUUCUAUGCAAAAGUUGGGGACUUGACAUCAGCGAAGCUGGUGUUUGUAGAAAUGCCUGAAAGAGACGUUGUGGCAAACAAUGCAAUGAUAUCAGCACUGAGUAAGCAUGGGUUCAUUGAGGCAGCUCAGAGUUUGUUUGAUGAUAUGCCAGAGCGGGACUCAUGCUCUUGGAAUUCCAUGAUAACUAGCUAUUGCAAGUUGGGCCAAACUGAUGUUGCCCGUUUGAUGUUUAACCGCAAUCCAGUUAAAAAUGUUGUAUCAUGGAAUGCAAUUAUUGAUGGAUAUUGUAAGUUGGGGCAGAUAAUGAAUGCUGAGGAAUUGUUUGUUCAGAUGGGAUCGAUUAAAAAUACUGUCACAUGGAACACCAUGAUUGCAGGGUACGUUCAAUCUAUGGAAUUCAGCAAAGCAAUAUCUGUUUUCCAGCAAAUGCAAGCUGAGAGAGUGGAGGCGACUGAAGUAACAAUGGCUAGCUUGUUAUCUGCAUGUGCUCAUCUUGGGGUUCUAGAACUGGGUGAACGGGUACAUGCUUAUAUAAGAAAGAAAAACUUAAGAGUUGAUGUUGUUUUAGGUAAUGCUCUUAUAGACAUGUACUGCAAGUGUGGGAGUAUAGAAGCUGCUCUCCGUGUCUUUCACGGGCUUCCUACCAAGAACAUUUUUUGCUGGAAUUCUAUUAUUAUUGGUUUGGGAAUUCAUGGUUAUGGCAGGGAAGCCAUUGAUGUUUUUGUUUCAAUGGAUAAAGACAAAGUGAAACCAGAUGGUGUCACCUUCAUUGGCCUCUUGUCAGGGUGUACCCAUUCAGGCUUAAUUGCUGAAGGUCGAGCAGGUCUUCUUGAGGAGGCACUGCAACUCAUAAAGGCCAUGCCCAUGAAGCCAAACUCAGUUGUGUGGGGAAGCCUACUCCAAGCAUGCCAGGUCCACGAAGAUAUUGAAUUUGGCAUGCAGGUAACUCAAUAUCUAUUUGAAUUGGACCCAAGUGAUGAAGGAAACUUUGUGUUCCUGUCCAACCUAUAUGCCUCGCUAAAUUGCUGGGAUGAUGUGAGUAUUUGCAGGAGGUUAAUGAUUGCCAGGGGCAUGCAGAAAACGCCUGGAUGCAGUUCGGUUGAGCUGGACAAUAUAGAACAUGAAUUUGUAGUAGAGGAAACUUCACCUCCGUGUAAAUCGCAUAAUUUAUUGCAUCUUUUUCUUAGUAAGACUGAAUGAAAUGGCAUUGGCCGAAGUGGAUGCAUCUUCUGUGCACCAUGACAUGGAUGAUGAGGAGAAAGAACGUAACAUUAGCUACCACUGCAACAGAGUGUAGCUGUUGCUUUGGGAUAAGGAAGACACUACUAGAAAGGAAAUUUGAGCGGUGACAAACCUCUGAACAUGUAGUGAUUGCAAUUCUGUACUAAACACAUUUAACGAAGACAUGAUUGAGCGAUCAAAAUAGUUUUCAUUAUUUCAGAUAUGUAUAUUGCACUUCUAAGGAUAACCUGUGACUGUUGGUUUAUUCUAAACUUUAGACCUCUUGUUUUGUUUACAACGGUCAUAUAGACUUGAUGCUUGUACUGGACCAGUUGGUGUUAUAUACCUGCAUUGGAUAACAGUUUGAAAUGGUAGUGACCAUGACCGAACAAGAGUACCUUCUCUAACAAGGUGGGAGCUAUGCAGGUGAGAGGGAGUUUGGAUACAGUUUUUUACAAUCUUGAUUAAGCAGUCCUCCUAAAGAAUUAAGACCUUUCUCCAUCCAAGAUUUCUUGCACUGCUGGGAAGUUCUGAACAUGAAAUUAUAACUGGAAGGGAGACUAUGGAUUCUCUUGGUGCUUUACUUCCCCAAAAGAAAAAUCUUCAAUUUGAUCCCUUCCUCAGCUGGUCUCAAGUAUGAAUUUGUUUAGGUCAACUAUGUUUCAUUCCCAGGACUGGUCAUAUUACUUUCUAAUUAAGUGAUACUCACGUUAAUAAGAGUAUGCAACUUAUGGAUUAGUUGAUAUGGAUGCUCAACAAAGAGACAGAUAGGUGGUGACUACACUGAGAUGAUUGUGUAGAUACAAUAAGCUGCAUUUUAAAAUAGUGGCCAAAGUUUCAGUAUAGAAGUUUUUCCUACAUUCAAGAGCUAUUGAUGUCAGCUCUGGUUGUUCACUAAUGAUGUUUCUGCUGCACUAUCAUAUCUAUUAUCGAAGAGUGUCCGGGCAUGUUGAGGCAAAUGUGGAAUAUAUGAUUUUCCACGGUUUAUAGAAAGAAUCAUCUUCAAUUCGUUAGGGAAAGAUGUAUCUUUUAGCCACCUAGUACAACCCCUGCGGAUUGCUCAAUUAUCUUAUAGCUAUGCCAUAAUCCAUUAGAUUUUCUUUAGGCAGUCAAUAUCCCAGACAAGUCUCAUGUCCAGGGUUUAAUAUGUGUAGACAUUUUAGACCCCUUCUGGAAUCUUUGCUCAAAUAAUUUACUGUAUAUUCUCCACACAAAAUAAAGGCAUGAAAAAUCCAUUUCUGC